AACGCAUCCGCUCUUACAAAUGUACGAGGGUGCACUCGCUUUUCACUUACGACUCGAAGCCAUACAACUCGAGUGAAAAAUGGAAAAUACACGUAUAGGAAAGUUUACCUGCCGUACUUUUGCGGCUUCGUGUUAAAGGUUGUUUGGCUCUCACGUUUUCUAGUGCACUCAAUAUUUUAAAUCAAAACGGUCGCCUUUUUUCGCACGCGAUGUAAUUCCAAGCUCGAGAGAAAUGGACGAAGAACAAAUGAAAAAUGGCAGUGGUGACAAUCUGCUGGUGCAAGGUUCGAACUCGUACACGAUUAGCGAGUUGCUAAGCAGUACGUCUUUAAUGGACGAGAACUGCACUCGGGAGACGUACGGUAUUGAUAACGAGUGUCCGGAAAGUUCAAACGGCGAGGGGUCCCUCGCCAUUUCCAAGCGAAAGCAGCGACGUUACCGAACGACAUUCUCCAACUAUCAGCUGGAGGAGCUGGAACGCGCCUUUCACAAGACUCACUACCCCGACGUGUUUUUCCGCGAGGAGCUCGCGCUGAGGAUCGAGCUGACCGAGGCGAGAGUGCAGGUUUGGUUCCAGAAUCGUAGAGCGAAGUGGAGGAAGCAAGAGAAGAACAUAUACAAAGAGAUUAGUACAAAUAUACCGAGCUGUUCGACGCCAAUCGAAAGUCCCCUGCUGAACUUUUCCGGAGUGGACUCCAAUGGCGGCGUGCCCCCUUCGAACUUAUUUCUGGGCAUCGAGUGGCCGACGCUAAUACCACCGCUCCAGCAGAGCGUCGACGGUCAGAUCGACGACCAGCACCAAAUGCAGGACGCGGUCCUUCUAGCCGAAUCCAUGCCCUCGAGAUUGGUGAACGAUUCGAUUUUGUUAGGCGAAGAUAUUACGGAUCGCAUGGCUAGCAAUUUGGGACUGAUGACCAGUUCGCAUGGUGAUAUUGCCAUCGAUCCUGAAUUGCUGACACUCAAAUCUAGAACUAACUGAAUUGUUAUUGUUGUUAUUUUGUUGCAAUUAAACUAGUACACGAAUUUGU